UUAAAUAUUUUACUGUUUGUUAUUGCUUCUUGAUUUGCGGUUUAUUUUCUUCUAUUUUUGGCCAUUGACCAAUGGACAAAGACGUGCCAUGGGUUCGUGCUGAGAGGUCUCUGUAGCUGUCCAUUUAAGCACCUUGGAGAACUCCCAUCCGGAAGAGCGCGUCGGUGAAUGAGCACGGUUGCGUAGGCUAAGUCAUGUUCACGACUGACACCGUCCUUAGAGCUUUCAUCUUUUCUAAAUACUGAAUGACUCGCGGAGCUGACUAUGAAUGCUUGUUCGUUGAUUGACUUUAAUAGACUCGGGACUGUCUAGCUAGAAUUCCUUGCCGCAUUCUCUAAAUGCUAAUCCAACUACCAGUGUUGUGCAGCGCGCGAAAAGGAUCUGAACUAUAGCCCUUUCCUAUACCUCGGCCUGAUUGUGUCUCGUUCGAUUGGCCCAGGCAGAUGCCAGUCAAGCCUCUUCAUGCCUGCAUGGAUCCGGUUGCAGGCUAAACACAGCAGCAUGGGUAGCGCGCAUACCAACGGGCUAAAUAUAUCUUGUAGGGCCACAGGAGGGGAAGGACAGGGCUUAGCUUUGGACAUUUAGCCGUCGUGCGUAAAACGAGAAAUUGUCCUUCUGAAAGGUAGAGACCAAUCCAAAAUGCCCGCAAUUCCGAGUUCUAGGUCCAGGACGCGGGAUCGGAACAACGUCCUGAGCAGACCCGAGUUCAUGUCCCUGAAUCAGCCUCUACGGUGCGUUAACUCUGAGACCCGGGGCACCGCAAGGCGACCGGCCCAACCCAAACACCAAGCAAGCCAACUGUGCGACCCGCAGGAACCUACCGACAGUGCCAACAAGGAACGGAAAGAGCCCGCGAAACUGCCGGAUGAGGACUGUAUCCAGCUGAACCCUUCCUUCAAAGGGAUAGCGAUGAGCUCCCUCCUCGCCAUUGACAUUUGUCUGUCCAAGCGCCUGGGGGUCUGCGCCUACACGUCGUCGUCUUGGGGCAGCGUUCGUUCCAUGAUCACCCUGCUCGAACUUACAGGGCACGGCAUCACGUGGAUCUUUGGCACUAUCAUAUGUCUGACAAGAAGUAAUACGCUGGCGGGACAAGAGGUCUUGGUCAAUCUAUUACUUGCCCUCUUACUUGACAUCAUGACCGUGGCCGGUGUCCAGAAGCUGAUCAAACGCAAAGGACCCUGGGAGAUGACUCCGGGCUUCCUGGACUACUGUGCCAUGGACGUGUACUCCUUCCCGGCGGCCCACGCCAGCCGCGCCGCCAUGGUGUCCAAGUUCCUGCUUUCCCACCUGGUCCUGGCCGUCCCACUACGCAUCCUGCUGGUGCUCUGGGCCUUCCUGGUGGGCAUGUCCAGGGUGCUGCUUGGUAAGCACCACCUGACCGACAUGGCGUGCGGCUUCGCCCUGGGCCUGCUGCACUUCAGCCUGGUGGAGACGGUGUGGCUGUCGUCCAGCGCCUGUCAGACCCUCAUCUCUAUAGGGACCCUCAGCUGGAGUCCCUUCUACUGAGGGCUAUCUAUCAAGGCCCUCAAUGCCUGUUUGAAGCUGUAAAGCCUGGCUUUAUGAAGCCUUAUAAGUAGGGCCAGGAGUUUUUCCUGACAAGAGUUUUCCCUGAUCAGGGCCUACUGUCUAAGGCUGCAUUAGACGUACAUAUAAACUUUAUCUGUGAUGACAAAAACUUCUAUACACACAAUUAGGCCCUAUCUGGUUUAGCUCAUUUACAGUAUUUGCAGUAAAUGUUUUUGAGGGAGGUAAAUGUGCUCGUUGGAGUCAUUUUGAUCAUUGAUGACUCAAAGAAAGAAAAUGUGGUAGUGUUGAUAUUUAUUGAUAUUUACAAAGACUUCUAUAAAAUCCCUACCACCUUUUCUCUUCCACUGAACUAAUCCUAAUGCUUGAGAGCCCUCACUCACGUAUAUCUAAUUUUAUUGGGUCUCACUGCUGUCAAGUUUCUUUCUUUUCUUUCUGCUUAUUCCACCACUCCUCACCUUGCUCCACUUCCUCUUUCUCUUCGGCUUCCUUUUCCUCUUCUUCCCUGUUCCUCUUUCCUCCUGUCUGUGAACCUUUAACCCUUUUGUCAUUUGAAAUGUUUUUACUUGUACUUGAUCAAAAUAUUGCCCAGUACUUUGAAGUGAUGAAAUUGUUUUCUAAAGGUUUUGAAAUGUGUCCACACUUGAAUGGUCCAUUUGCAGAUGAAGAAAGGAGAUGUUAGGAAGCUCUUUGAUUUCCUUUCAAUUAUGUUGUUUGUAUGUUUCUGCUGGAAACUAUCAACUGUUAAAACUACCAAUUGUUGAGAAACAGAUGGACUGGACUCCAAAUGAAUAUAUUUUUGCUGUCAUUGAAUUGGGCUGUAAAUAACAUAAUUGUUGUCUAGAUCAGGGAUUUUUCUACUGGGUUAAAUAUUUAUCUUAUCCAAAUAUGUUUAAAAAGUAGGUUUUGAUUAGUUUAAGGCUAGCAGUUUCAUCAUAGAUGUGUAUGUGUAUUCCACAUUGUUUGCCUUCCCUGGUGCAAUAAGCAUUAACCAAACAGAUAGACACUGUCUUUUUGGUAAUGGUGCUGAUUUCAUGCCACACUGACUGAACAACAUCUGUGAGAAUUCAUCUCCAUCAGGCUUGGGUUUACCAUUGACACUGUGUAUGUGUGUUUAUGGGUGUGUGUGUGGGACGUGGAUAUGUGCGGGAGAUUGUGUGUAUGUGUGUGUCUGUGCAUGUGUGUAUGCAUUGCAUGCAUGCAAGCAAGAUCUCUUAUGUGUGUGCCUUUAUGAGUCAAAUGUAAUGUAUUUUGGAGGGUUAAAGUCACUGAGUAAACCAAUGCAGUCUGGGUAAAGUCAUGAAUGUUCACUGAAGUGUACAAAAUAUGUAUUAUACCUGAUAUCUUUAUACCUACUGUAUGCCUUCAUUCAUGUAUUUCAUUUAUUGGUCUUCUGCUGAUAAUCUCUUUUGGUUGUUUAUUUUUGUUGUGAUGUUAUGGACUUGGGAUCCAAGCUAUUUAAGCCGUAACCUUUUUGCUGCCACAAAAAACAUUAUUUCAUUGGGUUGGACCUGUAUGUAUAUAUACAAUAUUGCAUUUGUGCAAGUCAGCAUGUUUUGUUUUGCACAAGGAUGACAAAAAAAAGUCAUAUUUUCAUGCAGUGUUUCAAUUUAUCCAGUCUAAUUUACAAAAUGAAGAAGAUGGAUCGAUAGCCUUUGUAAGACGUGGACUCUGAAAAAGUGGAAUGUCUUGUUCACUAUUUCCUAGGUUGUUUAUGCAUGCCCAUAAAUACACCAUUUGCAAUGA